CCCUUUGUGUUGUAACGCUCUCCCGCCAUCCCAGGUACUUCUCCCUCGCUCCCGACGCCGGGCUCUCGGCGAGCGCUGAUCGCGGGCUCGGGCGCCCCUCCUCCCCGCCCUCCCUGCUCUGCUCCCCUCCCUCCCCGGGCUACCGAUCGCCCCCGCCGCUCCGCCAUGGCAACCGCGACCCCCGUGCUGCCGCGGUCGGGCAGCCGCUCCAGCGCCCCCGGCACGCCGCUGAGCCCCACGCGGCUGUCGCGGCUGCAGGAGAAGGAGGAGCUGCGCGAGCUCAACGACCGGCUGGCCGUGUACAUCGACAAGGUGCGCAGCCUGGAGACGGAGAACAGCGCGCUGCAGCUGCAGGUGACGGAGCGGGAGGAGGUGCGCGGCCGCGAGCUCACCGGCCUCAAGGCGCUCUACGAGACCGAGCUGGCCGACGCGCGCCGCGCGCUCGACGACACGGCCUGCGAGCGCGCCAAGCUGCAGAUCGAGCUGGGCAAGUUCAAGGCCGAGCACGACCAGCUUCUGCUCAAUUAUGCUAAGAAAGAAUCCGACCUUAAUGGAGCCCAACUCAAGCUUCGAGAGUAUGAAGCAGCACUGAAUUCUAAGGACGCGGCUCUGGCUACGGCGCUUGGUGACAAAAAAAGCUUAGAGGGGGAUUUGGAGGAUCUGAAGGAUCAGGUGGCACAGUUGGAAGCCUCAUUAGCUGCUGCCAAAAAGCAGUUGGCAGAUGAAACUUUACUUAAGGUGGAUUUGGAGAACCGCUGUCAGAGCCUUACUGAGGACCUGGAGUUCCGAAAAAGCAUGUAUGAAGAGGAGAUCAAUGAAACCAGAAGGAAGCACGAAACUCGCCUGGUAGAAGUGGAUUCUGGGCGUCAGAUUGAGUACGAGUACAAGCUGGCUCAGGCCCUUCACGAGAUGAGGGAGCAGCAUGAUGCCCAAGUGAAGCUGUACAAGGAGGAGCUGGAGCAGACCUACCAUGCCAAACUCGAGAAUGCCAGACUAUCUUCAGAGAUGAACACUUCUACUGUCAACAGUGCCCGGGAAGAACUGAUGGAAAGCCGGAUGAGAAUCGAGAGCCUUUCCUCUCAGCUCUCUAACCUCCAGAAAGAGUCUAGAGCAUGUUUGGAGCGGAUUCAGGAGCUGGAGGACUUGCUUGCUAAAGAGAGAGAUAACUCUCGGCGCAUGCUGACUGACAAGGAGAGAGAGAUGGCGGAAAUCCGGGAUCAGAUGCAGCAGCAGCUGAAUGAUUAUGAGCAGCUUCUUGAUGUGAAGUUAGCCCUGGACAUGGAGAUCAGUGUUUACAGGAAACUCCUAGAAGGCGAGGAAAAGAGACUGAAGCUCUCUCCGAGCCCGUCCUCGCGGGUGACCGUGUCCCGAGCGUCUUCUAGCCGCAGCGUGCGGACCACGAGAGGGAAGCGGAAGAGAGUAGAUGUGGAGGAAUCAGAGGCGAGCAGUAGCGUGAGCAUCUCCCAUUCUGCAUCUGCCACCGGGAACGUGUCCAUUGAAGAGAUAGACGUGGAUGGCAAGUUCAUCCGCCUGAAGAACACGUCAGAGCAGUCAACAAACUAUUUUUCCAUAGAAGUUGAACCAGUUGACAUUCUCACCAACAGUGGAUGA